CCCUCCUGAAAUAGUACGUCUUUGUGGGUUGUACCAUAGCCCUUUUCCCGUCUGGUGUAUGAUGCAGGAAAAACAUUGAAUGCAAUUGUAUCUUAGAUAAUAUGUCUAUGUUGCGUGAAAACUAUGAAGACUAGCGUAUCUGUCAUUUCUUUGUUAUUUCCAAUAUCUGUAGUCUACCCAUGCUCUAUAUUAAUUUAGUUUUGAAGAAGACCUUAAAAAAACCAUACAAAAAAAUCAGCAGCUCGGUCCUUUCUCCAUGACCGGUAUCCCAGCCUUUCAUCACGUGCCCAUAGUCGUGGAACAAUCUGGUAGAGGCGAAAGAGCCUUUGAUAUUUACUCAAGGCUACUAAAAGAGCGAAUCAUUUGCUUAAUGGGACCCGUGAACGAUAUUUCCAGUUCUCUGGUAAUUGCUCAAUUGUUAUUUUUGCAAUCUGAAUCUUCAACGAAACCCAUUCAUAUGUAUAUUAAUUCUCCAGGCGGAAUUAUAACUUCUGGAUUGGGUAUUUACGAUACCAUGCAGUAUAUCCUACCUCCGGUUGCUACUUGGUGCGUAGGACAAGCUUGCAGUAUGGCUUCUUUAUUACUGGCUGCAGGAACAAAAGGAAUGAGAAAUUCUCUACCGAACUCGAGAAUCAUGAUCCACCAACCUUCAGGCGGAGUAGUAGGUCAGGCUACUGACAUUAAAAUUCAAGCGGAAGAAAUUUUGAAGCUAAAGAAGCAGAUAAACCUGCUUUAUCAAAAGCACACCGGUAUGCCGCUGGAAAUUGUAGAGACUAGCUUGGAAAGGGACCAUUUCAUGACACCCAAUGAAGCUUUGGCAUUUGGAUUGAUAGAUAAGGUUUUGACAAGUAAGCCGCAAGACUUUGGUAAGAAGAAAGGUCAUGAAGCUAAAUCUCUGGUGGAUCAAUUUAUAAAGAUGCCGAAAAGUGAUGUCGGUAAAGAGAAACGUAGAAUUUCAUCUCAAGCUAUAGAACCAGACUUCAUCGAUUUGGAAUUUAAUAAUAAGGAUAAGACCUAAAUAUUACUCAAUGUUACUAAUUCAUGAAUGAUUAGCAAUAUCAUGUGUUGUAAAUAUUAGAAUUCAUUAAAUAGUGAUAUGUAUUAGAAAUUCGUCAAACUAUAUAUGUUGAGAUAGCCAGAAAAUUUAUCAAUAUAAGAAAAAACAAAUACAUAAAAAAUAGUAUAAAAAAACAAUUUAAAAAAGGGUAAAAAUAAAAAAAGGAAAUUAUUAUAUUAAAAAGUUAAAAGAAA